AUGUUGCUGCAACGUGUACAUCUAAACUCGUCUCCGACAGACCUCAUUCUCGAACAACUCGCACGCAACCGCGUCUUUCUGACUGAUGAAGGCCUAGCAAGCCUGCAUUCCUCCUUUAUCGUCGUUGUCGGUUGUGGGGGUGUCGGAUCGCACGCUGCAGCGGCACUGGCUCGGUCCGGUGUAUCCAAGAUCCGGCUUAUCGACUUUGACCAGGUCACGCUGUCGUCGCUAAACCGACAUGCCGUCGCCACAUUGGCGGACGUGGGAACACCGAAAGUACAUUGUAUCCGGCGGCGACUUGAACAGGUUGCGCCGUGGGUCAUGUUCGAUUGCCGCAACGAGCUGUUCGGCAAGUCAGUCGCUGAAACAUUGCUGGGGCCGUGGACCUUGACUCAUGACGGCGAGGGACGCCGUCCUGACUAUGUGCUUGACUGUAUCGACAAUAUCACCUCUAAGGUGGACUUGUUAUACUACUGCCACGCGAACUCUCUGCCGGUGAUCUCAUCUAUGGGUGCGGGCUGCAAAUCAGACCCGACUCGCAUCGUGGUUGGUGACAUCUCCCAGAGCACGGAUGAUCCCCUGUCUCGCAGCACGCGACGUCGGUUAAAAGCCAUGGGUGUCAGUUCAGGGGUUGCAGCAGUGUUCUCGACUGAGAAGCCAGGACCAGGCAAAGCGAGUCUGCUCCCGCUACCGGAAGAUGAGUAUGCCAAGGGCCAAGUCGGCGAGCUGGGCGUGCUCCCAGACUUCCGGGUACGCAUUCUGCCUGUGUUGGGGACCAUGCCUGCGGUUUUUGGGUACACAGUCGCCAACCAUGUGAUCUGCAGCGUGACGGGAUAUCCAAUCGAAUACAGCAUGAGCUCGAAGGGCCGCGACAAGAUGUACGAUGGCAUGAUGGCUUCUUUGCAAAGUCUGUACGAACGUCUAGUUCGACAGGUAGCCGGCCAAGACCCUAUCGGACUCCGCCUGCCCGUCAACAAGGACGACAUCGCUUUUCUCGUGGACGACGUCUGGCGCGGGAAGAGCGCUGUCAGCGGGUUGGGCAACCGGCUGGUUUUGGUACCGUGGCAGGUGCCCCCUGCUGGAUUCAGAAUGAAUCUCACCUUGGAGAAGGAAGGACAGAAGACCGUUGCGGUGGAGCUGGAUCAAUUGGUGUGCAUGACCAAAGAAGAAGCGGCUCGACACGAGCGCGAGGUGCUGCACGGCGGGAAAAACGUGAGCGAAAUCUACGACGCCGUGGUGUUGCAACGGGUGGACAUGCGGAAGAAGGAGGCUCAAGCGUAUGACCAGUAUCGUUGA